GCACGUCAACAAUUACUGUAGCUCACUAGCAUGACUACCACACAGUGAUAACACGAAAACUCUCCAUACUUGUAUUACUUCUCAGUCAAAUGUGUCAUCUGGAGAGAAACUUCAAUGGCAACUUUAACUCCCCCAAGUGAAUGAGAGGCUCCACAAGUGUCACUGGGCUGAUAAGUAGUCAUCGACCUCCUUGGCAUAUCAGAAUGAGAUGAUAACGGCAGCAGACGACGGCGUCAUUGUGGUCCCUAGACCUGUCGCCCUCACAAGGAGUACAGUAGUUAACUGUGACGGAUCACUGUAGAAAGACACUUGUCUCGACAAAAAUAUUUCCUGAUAUUUGACACCCUCUUCAGUGUCACACACGAUCGUGGGUGAUUAUAACUAGCCAUGUGUUGAUCUCAGCGGUGGCUUGUGGUAAUUGUGGUGACUCGGCGGAACAGUGUGGAACGCGAGUGUGUAACUUCGUCGGAACAUCGUCAUGUAAUGACAGCCUCCCCGGGGCCUUCCUGUCUCCCGGAGAUACCAUGCACCUGUUUCGUUGACAAUAUUCUCUAGCACCAAGAAUCUUCCUCGGGAACUCAGACCACUCGAAAUUGACUGUACUUGAGAUUCAAUUCUAAAGACCAACAUUUAGUAAUUCAGGAGCGUGUCUAGCUUGUGUAGCUAAUACGAGACAAUUCGCGACGUAAGCGGUUGUCGAACCGGCAGUUGGUAACAACAGGCACCAUCACCCACCAUGUGUCAGUCGCUUGCUGGCUAGAAGGGUUGCUGGAAGUCUCUGUCUCCUCCACAACUAUGUUAAUACGUUCACGCCUUCUCCUCCUGUUACUCCUUGUGAGCGGCGACACGCUCGGUGAAGACACUGCCGCAGGAAAGGAUGAAGGGAGAAACAACCCAGAGUCCGGAAGCAUGAGUGAGGCGAGCAUGGAAAAGUUCAUGGAACAGAUCCGCCAGGCUAUGGACAGCCAUUGGGGGAUCCUACAAAACAUUCGCUUCCACACUCUGAUGACCAAAGGGAGGGUGGCACAGUUGGAGACUCAGGUCAAGAAGCUCGCCACUAAGAUGAUCAACAUGAGCGAGGCUGCUCCCGCUCUGCCAGAAUACCCCGCCAGACCAACACUGUACUCAGCCUCAUCUGGUAAGCAGCCCUGCAACGCCUCCGCCAGCGCUCUUCCACCUCCAGACGGCGGGGUGUCGCAGCUGGUGGAAGCGAUGAAGGAGCUCUCCGUCAACUACAACAGACUACUCAACUCCUCCUUCCUGUCCAUGACCCACAGCGGUAGUUUCCAGGAGGACUUUGACAGACUGACGCAGAUAGUUGACACAAUGAAGGAUUUCUCUGGUACUCUGACAAGAUCUCCAGAUGGUGGUGAGGUGGUCGUCAGCCUACCAGCAGCUACCACAACCACCACUACUACUACUACUACUACUGCUGCUACUACUGCUGCUUACUGGGGAGAUGUCGAGGAUGAGGAAGGGGAGGAGGAAGAGAUGGAGGUCGGGAGUCCCAGCAUCGUGGAGACUCACAGCACCAACGUGACGGUGAAGGCAGGAGACACCGCCAUCCUCAACUGUCGUGUCAAGAACCUCGGCAACGGUUCUGUGGUUUGGGUCCGUAGCAGAGACAUCAGCAUCGUGGCUGUAGGUCCGUUCAUCUACGCCCCGACCGACCGCUUCCAGGUGGUGCACGAGGAAGGCAGCCCGGACCACCAGCUGAAGAUCCGGAUGGUGGAGGAAAGGGACCAAGGCGCCUACGCUUGCCAGAUGAGUCUGGAACCUCUCGUGGUCCACAAGAUCUGGUUGAGUGUGGAAGGUAUGGAGGAGGUCGGGGGUCCCAGCAUCGUGGAGACUCACAGCACCAACGUGACGGUGGAGGAGGGAGGCACCGCCAUCCUCAACUGUCGCGUCAAGAACCUCGGCGACGCUACUGUAACGUGGAUGAGAGAGAGAGAUGUGACUAUCCUCACCUCCGGGAGAUACACAUACGACGGUGAGGACCGCACCCACAUCCUCCACCACCCCGACACUGACGAUUGGACCAUCACCAUAGACGAUGUGAAGCAGUCAGAUGAGGGAGCGUACCUCUGUAUGCUCUCAUCCCUCCCACCAGUCACUAUGACAGUCUGGCUAACUGUUGCCAGUGAGUUCAUUCUUCAUACUCGUGUGGAGGAGGAGGAACCCGGGGGUCCAAUAAUCGUGGAGACUCACAGCACCAACGUGACGGUAGAGGAGGGAGACACUGCCAUCCUCAAUUGCCGCGUCGACAAUCUCGGUGACGCUACUGUGUUUUGGUACCGUAACGUUGACCUGACCCUGUUGUCUGCGGGAACGGACCUCUACAUAGCAGACGGGAGGUUCAUUGCCAAGCAUAAGGAAGGCUCGAAGGACUGGCAGUUGCUUAUAACGUCAGUCCAAACCUCUGACAGUGGCUGGUACAACUGUGUGGUGGUCGCUGAUUCACCCAUCAACCAUCAAGUGUGGUUGAAUGUGAUCGGUGAACCGUCACAACCAGAAGAGGAAGAGCCCACGAUUGUGACAGUCAACGACAGAAACGUGACAGCGAUGCAGGGUGAAGCUGUGACGCUGACCUGCCGGGUAACCGAUCUGGGCGGCGAAACCGUCACGUGGACUCGUCAAAAGGACCUUCACAUCCUGACGGCGGGACAAUACACGUUCUCCCUCGACGAGCGCUUCUCCGCCGUGCAUCAGGGGGAGGAGUGGCAAUUACAGAUCAGUUCCUUACAGAAGAGUGAUGAGGGAGGGUACGAGUGUCAGGUCUCCACCACCCCGCCCACCACACAGAUAUUCUACCUCAGGGUGGUUGUGACUGGUAAGUUACUCUUUGCACAAGACUCGCCAGAACCAGCACCGACAUCACGAGCUGCCUCUACGGUGAAGAGCAUCAAGUCGGGAGGCAGCAGGAACUUGACAGCCGUGCUGGGUCACCGAGCUACACUAACCUGCCGUUUCAACAACCUCGGCGACAAAACUGUAGCUUGGAUUCGCGUAAGAGACGCGCAUGUCCUGACGGUGAACCAGUACCCGUUCAUAUCCGACGAGCGCUUCUCCAUCGUGCAUCAGGGGGAGGAGUGGCAGCUACAGAUCAGUUCCUUACAGAAGAGUGACGAAGGAGAGUACGAGUGUCAGGUCUCCACCACCCCGCCCACCACACAGAUAUUCUACCUCAAGGUGGUUGAACCAGCACCGACACCGUCUGCUGCCUCUACGGUGAGAAAGAUCGUGCCGGAGGGUACCAAGAACUUGACAGCCGUGAUGGGUGACACAGCUACACUCACCUGCAGUGUCAACAACAUCGGCGUUAAAACCGUCAGUUGGAUGAGGGAUACUCACCUCCUGACGGUUGGUGCCUUCACGUACUCCUCUGACGAGCGCUUCUCCGCCGUGCAUCAGGGGGAGGAGUGGCAGCUACAGAUCAGUUCCUUACAGAAGAGUGACGAAGGAGAGUACGAGUGUCAGGUCUCCACCACCCCGCCCACCACACAGAUAUUCUACCUCAAGGUGGUUGAGGCACCGAGAAACAUCCAUGCGGUGGAGGGCAAGACCGUGACCUUGACUUGCCGGGUUUCGGGUCAACCUCCACCCACCGUUCACUGGAACAAAGAUGGCGUCCUCCUGUCCUCCUCCCGCCUCCAGGUCAACCGUGAUGGUGACCUGAUCAUUAGGUCGGUUACAGCGAGUGAUGCGGGUCGCUUCCACUGCCAGGCCGUCAACACUCAUGGGGUGAUGGAAAGCAGCAUCCUCCUCCUUGUAGAGAAACCCACCAGGAUUAUUAAGCCCCCCAAGGACCGUGUACGUGCUAGGGGAGCAAACGCUCUCUUCAGGUGUAAGGCAACAGCAGACAGUGACCUGGAGCUGAAGGUUGAGUGGCUGGUGAACGGUGAACGUGUCGACUUCCUGAAAAACGAGAGACUGAAGAGCCGACCCAACAACGCCCUCGUGGUGAAUGGGGUCAGGGAGGAGGAUGAGGGCGUGUACACCUGCCGCGCCAGUACGCCUCUCGAUGCUGUCACUGCUAAUGCUACGUUGACUAUAAGAGGGAAGCUGCCAAAGACCACGUCAGAUGAGGAGAUCUCUGCUACAGCCAGUGCGAGAAGCGACUCAUGUCCCACGCCCUAUGAAAGGGUGGCGGGGGAGAUGUGUGUACUGCAGGUGACGCAUCAAAAAAUAUCCUGGCUAGAGGCUGCUGAUUACUGCAGGUCAGAGGGCGGCGGACAGCUGGCCUGGGAUCACGACAAUGUCCUACUGAGGUCCUACCUGGAGGAGAGACACGGACAGGCCAGUCGAACUUGGACUCUUUGGCCCUUCUGGGUGGGUGGGCGAGAGGAUGAAGACGGAGGCGUAAUCAAGGGCGGAGGAGGCGCUGGAAGAAGAUGGAAGUGGGUGGAGGGCACGAGGGUGUCCUCCAAGGUGUGGGCCCCGGGACAACCUCGCCACUUUGGCCCUGCCUUGGCCCCCGCGGGCGUCUGCAUGACUCUGGACGGCGGCCAAGAGUAUCAUGCCAUUGCUCUCCCCUGUCAUGUCCGCAGACGGUUCCUCUGUCGCCUGAAGUGAGUCUCGUGCACCCGGGAGUCUACCAAAGAGAGGUUGCAGCAGAGAGACUAGUUCAGAACAUCGUAAACAUUGUCUCGGUCAAGAUAGACCUGCAGAAGGGAGCUUAGGAUGUUUGAAGCCAUGUUUACAAGACGCAGCAAUGUCACACGGCUAUCGAGGCCUGAGAAAGCAACAACAAGGAGUCUCCCAACGAGGAUUCUACAAGACCUACAGUAAAGAGGCUCCUAUUUAGAGGGAGUCUGACACGGGGGUCGCUACCAGGGAGGAGGAGCGCCAGAAGACUUACAGUUCCGCCUAGAAACUCUUUAAAGGAGUCUGCGUCUCGAAGCCUGAACCAGAGUGAUGAUAUUUAGGAGUUUAUAAAGGUAGUCUAAUCAAUUUAAGUCCUUCAGAGGAAGUCAACGGAGUUUUAGAGUCUACAGGGAAAGAUUACAAGAGGAUUUAAACCUUACAGCUUACAAAAAGAAGUCUACAGGAUGGAGACUACAGAAAGUUUGAGUUUACAAAAGAUUACAACACGGAGGCUACAACCUAAAAUUAUACAAUCGUGAGGAACAACACGCAGCAGUGUGUGUUUUGUUUUGCUUCUGUCAACACGUAGACUUGCUAAACCUGUCGUGAGAAAAAUCUUUAAUGUUGUAAAAGUAAAUAAAACGCAUUUUUUUUUAAA